AUGAUACUUGACCGACACCAGGCCACUGAUGAAACCAGUCCGAAACCCGCCUCCCAAUACGGAUGGACCUGUUUGUCUGUACAGCUCUUUUGGCUCCGAUUCUCUGUGGUGAACCUGUACAAGGUGCUCGCCAAGGAGGAAUCUUCCCCACAAACCAAGGAAGCUUCCCCCCAAACACAAAGCAGGCGCUUGGAGAUGCUCCCUUGGGAGAAAGUAUUCUUGGCUAGCAGGUACAAGCCGCCUGCCAAGGUGGAAAUUGAAUCCAGCCCAGCGAGUAGUUCCUAA